UCCUGUCGGAUUUGAUAUGAAUAUUCUGUGUCAUGUUAUGUUCCUGCUUCUGCUGGGAGUCAUUUCUUGUCAGAACAACAAUCGCAAUGCCAAGUCAGGUGGAAAACCUGCAAAGAAGCCUAAUAGCCAGGCUAUAGAGACGACCCAGCAUGGCCCUGAAGAUGAUCCAAACCCUGCACUAGCAGGUGCUGGCGAUUCCAGUAAAGAAACUAACUCUGGAGGUCGUGGCAACGCCCAACAAAGCACAUCUGUCAAUAAGCCUGUUGAUGAAAUGAAGCUGCACUUUCUUAAGAACACAUUAGUGAUGUGCAACGAUGGUACAGCCGCUGGGUUUUACCUAAAGGAGUUCAAAGGAAGUAAGAGAUGGCUGAUAUUUUUGGAAGGUGGCUGGUGCUGCUACAACAAAGAGACCUGCGAUUCCAGAUACAAAACUAUCCCCCGUCUGAUGAGCUCAACUGACUGGCCACAGACGCGCAAAGGGACUGGAUUACUAUCAACACAAGUUGAUGAAAAUCCUCACUGGUAUAAUGCUAAUAUUGUGUUUGUUCCCUAUUGUUCAAGCGAUGUGUGGAGUGGUAACAAAGCAGCAUCAAAGUCCAAACAGGGAAAAGAAACAGAAUAUGCUUUCAUGGGAUCUCAAAUCAUUCGGGAGGUGAUCAAAGAUCUUGUCCAAAAAGGACUGAAACAAGCCAAAGUUGUGAUGUUGGCAGGAACUAGUGCCGGGGGAGCAGGUGUCCUGCUGAACAUUGAUAAGGUGUCCAGUCUUCUGGAGCAGCUGGGUGCAGACGCUCAGGUGCGCGGCCUUGUUGACUCAGGCUGGUUUCUGGAGAGUAAACAGCAAAAAGCUCCUGAUUGUCCAGACAGUGCCUCCUGCACCCCUGUGGAUGUCAUAAAAAAAGGACUUCGGUUGUGGAGUGGUGUUGUUCCAGAAAAGUGCAAGCAGCAGUAUAAAAGAGGCGAGGAAUGGCAAUGCUUUUUUGGACAUAAACUGUACACCUACAUAACGGCUCCACUGUUUGUAGUGCAGUGGUUGUUUGAUGAGGAACAGUUACGAGUGGAGAACAUUUAUAUGGGCGGCCAAUCGCUCUCAGAGCAGCAGUGGACCUACAUGCAGAACCUGGGAAAAGAGUUUAAAAGCUCUCUCAAAGAUGUUACGGCCGUGUUUGCCCCCUCCUGUCUUUCCCACACUUUGAUUACCAAAAGUAAUUGGAUGGAUUUCCAGAUCAAGGGGACGUCACUCUCUCGUGCUCUGCAGUGCUGGGACAGAAGUCUUCAGGAGGCUAUUAAGAACAGUAAAACGCCUCUAAAGGGCUGUCCCUUUCAUCUCAUUGAUAACUGCCAGUGGCCACAGUGCAAUCCAACCUGUCCAGCCCUGAUUGACCAGGCCACACAACAGGAGAUGACUCUGCUCCAGGUGCUGGCCAGUAUGGGCUUGGACCUGCAAAAGCUUGGCUUGGAUGUAAGCGGAGAUAUUUCAGCCAGCAUGGUCAGCAGUGGUGGCUAAAUUAGCAUUAGAGAGCGGUGGUGUUCUCAUCGACACAGUUCACCUCAUCCACACUUUUUAGAGAUCGUUCAGUGGCUUCCUCUCUGGCCACUUUCAGAGAUGGACCUGGGUUUGUCUAGUAAGUCACUGGAUUUCAGUACCGACAGUCUCCCUUUACAACCGUGUUCUAUCAACAGGAUUGAUUUUUGGUUCUCCAAGCGAGUGACUCCAGCUAGACACUGUUAUUCAAUGGUUAAUCUAAUUCAUCACUUCAGUAAGAGAACUGGUGUCUGAAAUCAAUGCUUUAGCUAAAACUGUCUGACAACAUCAUAGCGUACCAACAAAAUCAAAAAGAGCUGAAUUUACUGACUCUGAACAAGGACAUUUGGAAGAAUGUUUGUCUUUCUAUCACAUUCUGGAGAAAACCAAUGAGCAGUAUAUAAUAACUACAGCUGAUUAUAAAAAAAGUGACAAGAAACCAGAACAUUGCAGUAACCACAUUUUCCAAACAUCCUGUCACAAUACUUACUCUAUGUUGUGUAUCUGCAUUAUUUUUUUAGUAAGUGCAUGCUGUUUUAGGACAUUGUAGUCCAUUUUGCAGACAAGAAUCAUAAAAAUUACCCAAAUUGAUAUUAGUGAAUGGAUAAAUGUGGUAUCUGUAUAAUUUAGCCUUCUAUAAGAAUAAGAAAUGUGCAGUUAUUGACAACCAUCUUCAAAUCUCCUUAAAAAUAUAUCAUAAUAUCCAAUUCUUUUGACAUUUAUAGUUGGUUUGACUUAUUUUGAACACUAAUAAAAGAUGUUUUAGACACAUGCUAUCUCAACUGUGUUCCUGUGUGUGUGUGUGUGUGUGUGUGU